AUGAACUGUCCUUCGCGCACAGAUCCGGAAUUUCCGGAGGGUUACAAUCAGAACCCAAAUGCACUCAAUGCAGAUGCAACGACAAGAGCGGAUCUGGGAUAUUUGGCGAAUACAAGAGCGAGGGAUGAUCAUCGGAUAGAUUGCCACAACGCGGAUGCCGAUAUGACAAUAGAUCAACGACGAGCGACUGACGAAGAUGGAGGCUUGCAACUCAAGGCAUUCGGUGGCCUGCGCAGAAGGAGCGAUGCAACGAGAAAGUCGAAUGCCGGUACCGCCGAAGCAGCCAUCAGGCCGUCUGCUAUCUUCACUGUGGAUCGGGAUGUUGCUCAGUCAAGGCGUCGUGGAGGCAUCUUCGGUGGUGCCAUUGAAGUUGUCCGCAAGUAUCUGAAGUUUGUGGGGCCUGGCUUCAUGGUAGCUGUAGCGUAUAUUGAUCCUGGUAACUACGCUACUGAUGUCGCGGCCGGUGCUUCGUUCGAGUUCAAGCUGCUUUUCAUCGUGUUGAUGUCCAACAUUUUCGCCAUCUUUCUCCAGUCCCUUUGUAUCAAGCUGGGUUCUGUCACCGGCAUGAAUCUUGCAGAAAACUGUAAGGCUCAUCUGCCGCCGUGGCUGAACUACAUACUCUACUUCUUCGCAGAGUCAGCGAUUAUCGCGACUGACAUCGCCGAGGUCAUUGGUACCGCGAUUGCUUUGAACAUCCUGAUAAAGGUCCCUUUAGUCGCCGGGUGCGCCAUAUCUAUCGUGGACGUCCUUAUCAUCCUUAUUUUUUACUCCCAAUCUGGCACGAUGCGUGCCCUGCGCGGGUUUGAGUUUUUUGUAGCGUUGCUUGUGCUAGGCGUUGUGGUGUGUUUCUGUUUUGAGCUUAGCAAAAUCCAUGCCUCCGUUGGACAGGUUUUCCAUGGAUACGUUCCCUCUUCGACGCUGGUCAAAUCUCAGGCGUUGUACCAAGCCUGUGGUAUUCUGGGCGCAACAGUCAUGCCGCACAGCCUUUACCUUGGCAGUGGUAUCGUUCAACCACGCUUGCGCGAAUACGAUGAUGAGCAUAACUCCACCUCGUUUCACGACGCAGACGUCGAAUCUUUGGUCGAUGAACUGAAGUACAAACCUUCUCUCGCCGCCAUCAAACACUGCAUGUCAUACAGCAUUGCAGAACUUGCCAUAUCGCUCUUCACCUUCGCCCUCUUUGUCAACUCAGCAAUUCUCAUCGUUGCUGGCGCCUCGCUUUACGGUCAGUCUGAAGCAACAGAUGCGGAUCUGUUUUCUAUCCACAGUCUACUUUCUCGGUCGAUUGCUCCAGUUGCGGGUACUCUGUUUGCGCUUGCGCUUCUCCUCUCCGGCACUUCGGCUGGAAUAGUAUGCACCAUCGCCGGUCAGAUGGUAUCAGAAGGUCAGCUGAACUGGACUCUCAAACCUUGGAUCCGCCGUCUCAUUACACGAUCGAUCAGUAUCACGCCGUCGAUCAUCAUCGCUGGCGCUGUUGGACAAGAAGGACUUAGCAAGGCCUUGAAUGGCAGUCAGUUUGCACUGAGUGUUAUACUGCCCUUUGUCAGCGCACCGCUGAUCUGGUUCACUUGUCGCGCGCAGUACAUGAAAGUCGCUGUGCGGCCCGGCGACGAUGUGUCUCUUAGCACUGGAAGAGGCGCAGAUGUUGACGGAGGCGAGUAUGUGCAGAUGCGAAACCACUGGAUAAUAACAGCAUUCGCGGUGGUUAUUUGGGGCGUUAUUUUCGUCAUGAAUGUCGCGGCGUUGGUAUUUGCAGGUAUGGGCGUUGCUUGA